AAGGUGGGAUCUGACUCCAUAGAGCAGAGCUUUUUCCACUGUACUCCACUUUCUUCCAUGUUUCCAGCCUUCGAUAUUGAAUUUCUUUUCCUCCCACAGUGCCUUGUGUUGAAGGUGGAGUGAUAAUGUCCUUUGGAUAUUGGUUCUGCUUACCCACCUUUGAUUUGAGGUGCUCCAGGGUCUCCUGUGUCUGGUAUCAUUGGGUCCCUGGUGCUGUCACGUUGUCCCCCGAACAACCCCCACCGAUGCCCUCGAACUGGGAACAGAGGCGCUGCUUCAGUGCGGUCCCUCCUCCCCGAACUGCUCCCUUGCUGCUGUCCACACCCCAGCCCCUUCCUGCUGAUCCCAACUCCUGCCUCCCAUCCCCUCCAGCUGGUAGCAGGAAAACUAUUCAGCCUGAGCCGGCCAGUAAGGAAGAUAUAGCUCAAACUCUGUUGAGAAUGAAUGGGUCAAAUGAGACCCCCGAAUCCUACGAUUAUGACCUAAUUAUCAUCGGAGGGGGUUCUGGAGGCCUGGCUGCUGCCAAGGAAGCAGCCCGAUAUGGCAAGAAGAUCAUGGUGCUGGAUUUUGUUACUCCAACUCCUCUUGGAAAUAGAUGGGGUCUUGGAGGAACAUGUGUGAAUGUUGGCUGUAUACCCAAGAAACUUAUGCACCAGGCGGCUCUGUUAGGGCAGGCCUUGCAAGACUCCCGCAAAUAUGGAUGGCAGAUUGAAGAGGAAGUCAAACAUAAUUGGGAAAGAAUGACAGAAGCGGUCCAGAAUUACAUCGGCUCUCUGAACUGGGGUUACCGAGUAGCCUUACGGGAGAACAAGGUCACCUACGAGAAUGCUUAUGGAGAAUUUGUGGGGCCCCACAAGAUUAAGGCAACCAAUAACAAGGGCAAAGAAAAGUUUUAUACGGCGGAAAGAUUCCUCAUUGCCACAGGUGAAAGACCACGUUACCCGGGCAUCCCAGGAGACAAAGAAUAUUGCAUUAGCAGUGAUGACCUUUUCUCCUUACCUUACUGCCCGGGAAAGACACUGGUGGUUGGGGCGUCCUACGUAGCCCUGGAAUGUGCUGGGUUUCUGGCAGGCAUUGGUUUGGAUGUCACUGUGAUGGUUCGGUCUAUUCUCCUGAGAGGGUUCGACCAAGACAUGGCCAACAAAAUUGGGGACCACAUGGAGGGACAUGGCAUCAAAUUCAUCAGGCAGUUUGUGCCUAUUAAAAUUGAACAGAUUGAAGAAGGCAUGCCUGGUAGACUCAGGGUGGUCGCUCAGUCCACCGAUGGCAAAGAGACCAUUGAGGGAGAAUACAAUACGGUGCUGCUGGCGAUAGGACGAGAUUCAUGCACGAGAAAAAUUGGCUUGGAAGUAGUUGGGGUGAAGAUCAAUGAAAAGACAGGGAAAAUACCUGUCAAUGAUGAGGAACAGACCAAUGUACCUUACAUCUAUGCCAUUGGGGAUAUCUUAGAAGACAAACUGGAACUGACACCAGUAGCAAUCCAGGCAGGCAGACUGUUAGCUCGGCGACUUUAUGCUGGAUCUAAUGUAAAGUGUGACUAUGACAAUGUCCCCACCACUGUAUUUACCCCUAUGGAAUAUGGGUCUUGUGGUCUCUCUGAAGAGAAAGCCAUCGAGAAGUUUGGAGAAGAAAACAUAGAGGUCUACCAUAGCUACUUUUGGCCACUGGAAUGGACCAUCCCAUCAAGAGAUAACAAUAAAUGCUACGCCAAGGUCAUCUGCCAUGUCAAAGACAACGAACGUGUUGUGGGUUUCCACGUCCUGGGUCCAAAUGCAGGCGAAGUGACUCAGGGCUUUGCUGCAGCCCUCAAGUGUGGACUGACCAAAGAGCAGCUGGACAGCACAAUUGGAAUCCACCCAGUGUGUGCAGAGGUGUUUACGACGCUGUCUGUGACUAAACGUUCAGGGGGAAGCAUCCUCCAGGCAGGUUGCUGAGGUUAAGCCCCAGUGUUGCUGCUGCUGCCUGUGGCGACUCCGGAUUCACGUUAUUUUCUCGGGUAGAAAAAAGCCUUAAGAGAAUCCACCAUCCAGUUUCUCCACAUCUCUCCUGACGGUAGAAAGGAGAGGCUACUCGAACCUUUGGGAUUCAUCCAUGUAUCAUGGUUCCCGGAGAAGGCAGUCAGCAAAACACUGGGAUAAUCGCAGCGUAUCUGAAACUGAGGUCCAGGGUGCAUCCACAGAUGCGUUAAUGAAGUCUCCACCUAAAGCCCGUAGCUUGUGGUGGGUGGUGACCGAAGAACCCACGGCUUCAGUUUUAUCAAAGACUAUAUUUUGUUUUGUUUUCAAUGAAGAAUCUUCUCGUGGAUUUCUCUGCAGAAACCAGAGAAUCGAGGCUUCUGCCUCUGAUAACACUUGCUUUUGAAGCAUAGGUUAUCUAGGAGCCUCCCAAAGAGCCUCUUCUCCCUUUGUCGUAGGGGCGUGCAUGCAUUGGCAAACUUCCAGCAACAAGAGGAGACUAGAGAGUUUGCUCCUUUUUCUCAGAAUUCAAAUGACCUUUUUAGCCUCUGCUUUUUCAUAAAUUCCCUGAUCCAGUUGAGAGCACAUGUAUCCCCGUUAAUUCUCUCUCCUCUUCCUCCCCUCAAACACGUUUUACCACUUUGCAAGACCGGUACCGUUGGUUGCUUAAGUCCUGUUUGAGGAGUCGAGCUGAUCUCCUGGAUUGGAGAUCUGAACCACAGUUUCUACACAGGUUUUAGAUUUUGGUCUUAAUUCAGUAAAAUAGAGUGACUUCUGGGAAUAAUCACAACACCCUCACAGACACUCUGUAGCUGAUGAUAGGGUGAAAAAUUCAAAAUAACUUGUCUCGACAAAUUCCUUGAUCCUUUGGGUGAGAAUGAUCGAUAGCCUAAAAACUCAAUUUUCUCAUCAAGGACCCAUUUAUGGAUCCCCUCUGGAGAGGUCUCAGUUACAGGGAGAUGAGAUAGUCCAUCUACAUUUGUGUUCUUCAUCUUUUGGGGGAGUUGAGAGGAGCAGACCCAUUUUCCUUUUGGUUUCUUCUUUGUCAUUUGCUUUUUUUUUUUUAUGGUAUUAUUCAUAUCAUAAAUUAUUUAAUUAUUUUUUUUAAGCCCACGGACAGAUCUGAAGGAUUUUUCUAUUUCACAAACACCAAAUGGUUUCGGCUUCUUUGUUUAGGGGGGAGGAAUGAGGAAGGAGAAUGUUAUCAGGUAGAAUCUUGUACAGAAUUGUUUUCUCCAGCUUAGAAUAACUGUUGGGAGACUGGAUUGUAUUUAAGGUACUUGUCUCACUGAAGAAGUUUAAUGGAGAGUGAACACUGGAAGUUUUCCAUGUCCUGACAUAUAUAUAUGGGGAAGGGCAUAGAUCUAUCUAUCUACACAUAUACA